GACGGUGCCCUCCUGUGGCUGCUGUCCCCACGCGUGAGUGUCCCCAGACGGUGCCCUCCUGCGCCACUACCGUUCCCCGGGCUGUGUCUUGGAGGUCCUGCCCGAUGCCGUGAGCUUCCUCCCAGCAGUGCCCUCCUCCGGCCAUCUCAUGGCCGAUGCUCUGCACUUCCCCAGCGGUGCCUGCCCAGCCCAGCCAACAUCCGUCACCGUGACCUUGUCCCCCCCACCCCCUCCGUGUCUGUUUGUCUUUCCAGCCCAGCUCAUCGCCGGCCCGUCACCGGGUGUUGACUCUGUGCAUUCCUCCCCAGCCGGGCCCGCCGCCGCCGCCAGUCAUUUACCGGGGGUGGCACGCUGCCAUCCCCUCUCCGGCACCACCGUGCUAGGCUCCGGCUGCUGCUAACAUUGGGGACUUCACGUGAAGAGGUGGAAGAGGUGACCCUGGGAGACUGGCACCGCUCAGGGGCGGUGGUGUGGAUUAAUGCCAGCCCUGGCUUGGGCUGGGGAUAAAAGGUGUCGAGGUCUGCCCAGGUCUCAGCCCAUCUCGGCUCUCCCCAGGAAGCUCCGGGACCCGUUCUGUGCCCGCCAGCACCAUGGCAUCGGGGUGGUCCUGCUGGGUCCUCCUGCUGCUCCUGCCCAUCCUGGUCUGUGCCAAGGGGCCCGGCCCCGUCCUCAUCAACCGCCCCUUCGUCACCAUCUGGAACAUCCCCACUGGGUCCUGCGCCGAGAAGUACAAUGUCACCCUCAACCUGGAGGUCUUCGACGUGUUGGCCAAUGACCAACAGUCCUUCAUUGGGCAAGACAUCACCCUCUUCUACAGUGACAAGCUGGGGCUCCUCCCCUACUACACAUCCGAGGGGGUGCCAGUGAACGGGGGGCUCCCCCAGAAUGCCAGCCUGCAGGCCCACCUCCACCAGGCCAGCCGGGACAUCAGGGUCACCCUGCCCAGCCCUACCUAUGGCGGGCUGGCUGUCAUCGACUGGGAGAAGUGGCGCCCACUGUGGAUCCGCAACUGGGCCUCCAUGGACAUCUACCGGCAGGAGUCGGAGAAACUGGUGCGGCAGCAGCACCCAGAGUGGCCCUCCAAGCUGGUGAAGGAGACAGCCAAGCAGCAGUUUGAGCAGAGUGCUCGCAACUUCAUGGAGCAGACCCUGCAGCUGGGCAAGACUCUCCGUCCCGAUGGCUACUGGGGUUUCUAUGGCUUCCCCAACUGCUACAAUAACGACUUUGACAGCCUGCCCUACACUGGGAUGUGCCCGGCGGUGGAGCAGCAGAGGAACAAGGAGCUGUGGUGGCUCUGGGAGAGCAGCCAGGCGCUCUACCCCAGCAUCUACCUGCCCCCCCGCCUCAACGGCACCAACAAGGUGCUCGCCUACGUCCGGCACCGCAUCACCGAGGCCUUCGCUGUCCAGCGUGGCAUCCUCGACAGUGGCAUCCCCGUCCUGCCCUACUCCCAGAUCGCCUUCGACCGCACCGUCGACUUCCUCUCCCAGGAGGACCUGAUGAACACCAUCGGGGAGAGCGCAGCUCAGGGCGCCGCUGGCAUCGUCCUCUGGGGCAGCCUCAACUACAGCACCUCCAAGGACAUGUGCCUGAGGCUGAAGGACUAUGUGGAGGGGCCCCUGGGCCACUACAUCGUCAAUGUGACAGCCAGCGCCGAUCUGUGUAGCCAGAGCCUAUGCUCCGGCCGGGGCCGCUGCGUGCGCCAGAAGAAUAAGCAGGGCUUCCUCCACCUUGACCCCUUCCGCUUUGCCAUUGACCUCCAAGCCGGCAAGCCCUGGCUGAUGGCCCAGAGCCUGGAGUCCGGUGAUGAUGUCUCCCGGCUGGCCAAGGAGUUCAGCUGCCAGUGCUAUGACAAGUGGCAGGGACCUCACUGCGACACCCAGGGCUUCACCAAGUGACAACCCCCCACACACACCGGGAACACCGGGGCAGGCAGGGUGACACCACCCUGCACCCCAGCACCCUCGCCGUGGGGUUGGGAACCCGGCCGCGGGGCUGCUAA